AUGGAACAAUACCAUCAGUAAAGUCCCUACGAAUCGUUGCAAAAUUAUUUUAAUUAAUGCAUGCAUUUAACGUUCCUCUGAGAAUGAGUAACUAUGUUCAUGACGUAGGUAGAAGUAAAUAUUUAUAACUUGUGCAACUGAUAAAGAGCAGUUGGUUCAGGAGUACAUACGUAAAUAUGGACAGUAUUCCAGGGUACAGGCUGAGGAGAGAACCACGCGUUAGUCAGAGUCAGCCAGUCGGCUUCCAAAUAUCGCGUGAAUCACACGGUUCGUACUCACUCACCUCACUAGCAGGAUACCACCGCCGUUGAAUCUACAUCUUAUCUCUUAUCAUUAUAAAAUGAUACAUACGAAUUACCUCACGAGUGCUGUGAUAGCGAAUAACGAUAAACGUUGCGAUCUAAUAGACUGAUUUUAUAUACAUUAUAUGGCACUUUAACCAUGAGUUAUUUUAUAAACGCAACAAGUGAAUAAAGAACUGUUUUGGUGAAUUAAAAGUGUUGUAGAUUUAUAAACAAAUUAAAUAUUUAUUUGAGUAAAUACUUACAGUGGUGAUUGACAAUGGUGCAAUUAAUGUUAGUAAUUAUAUCGGCGUUUUCAGUCAUAUCUCAUGUAAGGUGCAACCCUUGCAGCGAAGUAGAGAGCAUAGAUAUCACAAAUGGUGUGUUAUAUGACAAUGGUUCCAUCUUUCACAAUGGGGUAGAAUACAAAAGCGGUACUUGGUACCAAUCUGACCCGUCAGUUCGUCUAGGAUGCCCUUGUAUUGGCCGAAUAUGCCUGUGGAAGUGUUGUGGUGCGAACGAAAUGUAUCAGAACAAACAAUGUACCGAGUCUGAUUUGGAAGUGGUUAACCCCUUCAGUCCGACGGUUUACAAAGGGCGGGAGGCGUUGGAUGUGAGUGCACACGUGCAUUUCUUCUACAUGUACAGCACUCUAUGUGAUGAGAAAUACCUCGUCGAUACAAGUUCCAGCCACGAGGAGUUAUUCCUUCAAGAGAACGGCACUCUUGUCGAAGUAGUACAAGGCAGACCACAAUGGUUAAAUAACCAAGAGUACUGCAUCGAUAUGAUGAUGGAGAACUCCACGGAGACCCUGAGAAUGGUGGCCACAGUUUGCUACCCGGAAGAACCCAUCAUAGAUGAUAGUAAAAUUCUUUACGUCGGAUACGCCGUGGGACUUCUAUUAUCCGUUCCAUUCCUGAUCGCAACUUUUGUUGUGUACGCGUUCAUUCCUGAGCUACGAAACCUACAUGGUAUGUGCUUGAUGGCGUAUUGCUCAGGUCUUAUUGUGGCCUACAUAUUCCUGGCAUACCUGAAGAUUCAGUCUGGUCAAAUGAGGAUAGCUAUGACAGGAUGUGUAAUUAUUGCUUUCAUCGUAUACUACGCAUUCCAGUCGAGCUUUUUCUGGCUUAACGUCAUGUGCUUCGAUAUCUGGAGGACGUUCAGUGGCUACCGAGGCAGCAGUACAUCAAAGCGCCGGGAAACAAGACGUUUCACCAUAUACAGUGCAUACGCAUGGGGUAUUCCGCUUCUAUUGACUGCAGUUACCAUCGGCAUGCAAUACGCUAACUUGCCACCCAGCGUUAUCAAGCCAGGCUUUGGAGACCGGAGGUGUUGGUUCGACAAUUGGCUGAGUGAGCUGAUAUACUUCUUCGCACCAGUCCUAGUGCUGGUUGUAUGCAACAUAGUGUUCUUUUCGGUGACAGCUCAUCGUAUACGCUCCAUCAAACAGGAGACUUCAAUUUUAAAGGGAUCCAAGUCAACAUCAAAAGACAAAAUGAAGAAUGACAAACAGAGAUUUUCCUUAUACCUGAAGUUGUUUGUCGUGAUGGGUAUAAAUUGGUCUGUGGAACUGAUCAGUUUCGCCGUCGGUGGCUCCAACUUGUAUUGGGUGAUAGUCGAUAUCUCAAACAUAAUGCUUGGUUUCUUCAUAUUUAUGAUCUUUGUUUGGAAGAAGAAAGUGCGCAACUUGAUUGUCAGAAGGUACCGUAGCAUCCGUGGUCUACCUCACAUACCGACAGACUCCAGAAAGAGUGGCAACAUGACCAGCACUGCUAUCACAGAAGAAAGCAGACUGUCUUCCGACGACCCUGGCGUGCGGUUAAAAGAUUUACACUGAAUGAAAGAUUACGUAUCACGUCAUGUUCAUACAAAAGAAUCCUCAUCAAUAAAUGUACGGCACCGAUGUUGUCAAAAUUUGCUAGUCAGUUUCACAACAAAUGCUUUUAUUAUUAUCUUUAGCCUGUAGUUAUUUUAAAAUACUUUUCAUAAAAUUAAGAUCAUUGUUAAAAUUUACGCACAUUUACUUUGUAUUUCAUGAAAUUAUUAUCGGUAUUGACUAUUUAGCAAAUAUUUUUCACUAUAAUUAUAAUAUUUGUGUACUUUUAUAAAUAGUAGAAACAGGUACAAAAAAAAAACAUUAUUUUUUUAAUAUCAUGAAGAAAAAAUGUAUAUAUAUAUAUAUAU